GAGGGCGCGGACCUCGACCCCGCCUCCACGCGGCUGCCCUCCCGGCUGGCCAAGCUGCUGUCGGCGCUUUUCUACGGGACUUGCUCCUUCCUCAUCGUGCUGGUCAACAAGGCACUGCUGACCACCUAUCGGAUCCACGGACGAACCCUCUCAGCUGGUGCAGCCCCGCUUCCUGCAGUCACUCCCAGGGCCAUGUGCUUGGCGUGACCUGCCAGGUGUCCACACUCCACCCUGCCUCCAGCUCGUGUCUGCACAUCCCACCCUAUUCCCAUCACCAAUUUUUCUUGGAAUUGGGCAGAUGGCAGUGACCAUAAUGAUACUGUAUGUAUCCAAACUAAAUAAACUAAUUCAUUUCCCUGAUUUUGACAAGAAAAUUCCUGUGAAGCUGUUUCCUCUGCCUCUCCUCUACGUUGGAAACCACAUAAGUGGAUUAUCAAGCACAAGUAAAUUAAGCUUGCCGAUGUUCACCGUGCUCAGGAAAUUUACCAUUCCACUCACUUUACUCCUGGAAACCAUCAUACUUGGGAAACAGUAUUCCUUGAGCAUCAUUGUCAGUGUUUCUACCAUUGUGCUUGGUGCUUUCAUAGCAGCUGGUUCUGACCUCGCCUUUAACUUGGAAGGCUAUAUUUUUGUAUUCCUGAAUGAUAUCUUCACAGCAGCAAAUGGAGUUUAUACCAAACAGAAAAUGGACCCCAAGGAGUUGGGGAAAUAUGGAGUGCUUUUCUACAAUGCCUGCUUCAUGAUUAUACCGACUCUUAUCAUUAGUGUCUCUACUGGAGACCUUCAACAGGAAUGUGUGUUCCCACAUCCAAACCUUUGCUUUAUGAACAGGCUACUGAAUUCAAUGAAUGGAAGAAUGUUCUCUUUAUCGUACAGUUUCUUCUUUCCUGUUUUUUGGGGUAAGAAAUCAUCCGUUUCUGUUGAUGUAUUCCACAGUUCUGUGCAGCUUUUACAAUUCGGCCCUCACAACAGCAGUGGUUGGAGCCAUCAAGAAUGUAUCCAUUGCCUACAUUGGAAUGUUAGUUGGUGGAGACUAUAUUUUCUCUAUGUUAAACUUUGUAGGGUUAAAUAUUUGCAUGGCAGGGGGCUUGAGAUACUCCUUUUUAACUCUGAGCGGCCAGUUGAACCCUAAACAACCUGUGGACGAAGAAAACAUUCCUCAGGCUUUGAAGAGUUAGAAUCUGAGGCAGGAUUGUGGACUGGGACCAUAGGCGGGGCGGGGCGGGACUGGGGGGCGGGGCUGGGGGUGGGGCAUCCCCGCUGUAGGAACCUGAAGCCAGACGUUUUGGUCACGGACAACACUCAGACACCCGGUGAAAGCACAGCAGGAGCAUCUGCCAACUGCGAAGAGAAUCUACCUCAUAUGCUGCUGCACAGCGAGCCAUCGCCAGCCCUGGGAAGCUUAUUUGGGCAAAGCCUUACCAUCUGAAAGCGAAUCUUUCAGAGGAAACCAAUGAGGAAAGGGACUGCAACCAAGGAUUUUGGGCGGGCAGAGAACUGAUUGGUCGGCCAGCCGCAUCUCUGAGCUGCUGUCCCCCCCAGUACCAUGUGCAUUUAAGAGGACGGAAAUGGCCGACGGUGUGAGAGUCAUUAUUAUCAGCACCUUGGCCUUAAUUUCAAGGAUCCCAGACAAAGCAGAGUGCCAGUGAGAACAGUUUUCAGUUUAAACAAACAUGUCCUUAUUUUAAUAAAAUUAGCCCAUCAACUACAAGUUAGUUGUUAGCUCUGAUUUCAUCAUAUAUGUUGAUAUCUUUUCCCGAUCAUCAAAGUAAAAUAAAAAAUAAUUUAUAGGCA